AUGGUUUUUUUCUACAUCAAGAGGUUCAGUGAUGUGCAUAGUUGUGGUACGGAUGUCCAAACAUCGAAGAAUUCGAGAGUUAGUUCUGAUUUGGUGUCGAGUAUUAUAUCUGAAAUUAUGAGGGACAAGCUGUUGACUAAGCCGUGUGAGGUGGUGACUAUUUUGAAGAGGGAUUAUGGGCUAGAUGUGAGUUAUCACGUGGUAUGGUUGGGCGUGGAGAAAGAAAAGGUUGUUAUUCAUGGAGAUCACUCAUUAUCGUUUGACCAGUUGCGGUGGUAUUCGGAUGCUGUGAUGCGUUACAAUUCGGAGAGUUAUAUCAAUAUUGACUAUGUUGCGAAUGGAACAUUCCUUAAAGGAAAGUACAAAGGUCGGCUACUUAAGGUAACGGUGAAAGAUGAAAACAAUGGUUUAUUUCCUGUUGCAUUUGCGAUUGUUAAUUCAGAGACCACGACCAAUUGGUCGUGUUAUUGCUUACAACACUUGAAGAACAACUUAAGAGACCGAAUGAAGGGAAUUGAUAAUGGAUUUAGGGAUCACCUCGUUAGUAGUUUGGGUGACUGUGCUUACGAGCUAACUAUGGUAGGGUUCCAUGAAAAGCUUGAGAAAUUAAAAGAGGAAGGUAAACAACGAGCACGUAGUUUUUUCAAGGAGUUGGCACCUGAGCACUGGGCGAAUUCAUACUUCAGGGGUAUGCGUUAUGGGGAGAUGACAUCCAAUGCGGCGGAGUCAUUUAAUAAUUGGAUUAAAGAAGUACACAAUCUUCCUAUCACUCAGAUGAUGGACACAAUUCGUACUUAG